AGAGGUUACAUGCACUUGUGUUUUGUUUGAAUGAAGGGGGCGGUACCAGAGGGAGGCUGGCGGUCUGGAGGAGGACGGAUAAAGAGCGGUUUCUCUGAAAGCUCCCUGUGAUUCUCUCAGUCUGUCUUUGGAGCGUGGUCAGCAUGAAAGCGGCGCUGCUGUUUGGUCACUUGCUGCUGGCGCUGACGGUGGAGGUGCUGCUGGCAGCAGAGAGCAGUGACCCUGCGGUGACUCUGAAGAAUGGCCAAAUCAGGGGAGAGUUUGCCACGGUGAGAGGCACAGACAGGAGGGUGAAACAGUACCUCGGAGUCCCAUACGCCCGCCCCCCCGUAGGACCUCUCCGGCUGGCGGCUCCUCAGAGCGCGGAGCCCUGGGAGGGCGAGAAGGACUGCACACACCAGCCGGCCAUGUGCAUCCAAGAUCCACAACUGGUCGUCCUCGUUUCUCAGACCAUGUCCAUGACCUCUACCCCUACAGAGAUUUCAGAGGACUGUCUGUAUCUGAAUGUGUACACUCCAGCUGAGGCAACAAAAGGAGACAAACUGCCAGUGAUGGUGUGGAUCCAUGGGGGAGGUCUGACCAUGGGGGCUGCUUCUCAGUUUGACGGCUCUCCAUUGGCUGCUUACGAAAACAUGGUGGUUGUCGUCAUCCAGUAUCGCCUCGGUAUUCUGGGCUUCUUCAGCACUGGAGACGAGCACGCCAGAGGAAACUGGGGUCUGCUGGAUCAGCUGGCAGCUCUGAGGUGGGUGAAGGAAAACAUUGAAGUCUUCGGAGGAGAUCCGCAACUCGUCACACUAGCUGGUGAAUCGGCGGGAGGAAUCAGUGCAUCUAUUCUGACGUUGUCUCCUCAUGCAGACGGACUCUUCCAGAGAGCCAUAUUUCAAAGUGGAGUAGCAACACUUGGGACUUACACCACCGACAACCCUCUGAGCCACGCCAGGGUCAUUGCCAACAUCACUGGUUGCAGCGACUCCAACACAGAAGAACUGGUCCGGUGCAUCAGAGGAAAAACCCAGGAUGAGCUCGUUGCUGCAACCAAAAAGAUGAAAAUAUUUCUGGGAGCUGUUGUAGACAAUGACUUCCUCCACGGCACAGCAGAGACGCUGCUCAGCAGGAAGGAGGUGCUGAAGGUUCCGGUGAUGAUGGGAAUCACCAACCAUGAGUUCGGAUGGAUCCUGCCUCAGAGUUUUGGACCCCCCGGGUGGGAGAAAGGCAUGAGCAGGGAGUCUGUGCUGGCUGUGAUAAACCUGUUCAAUCCAGGGGUCCCUUCAGCCAACGUCCUGAUCGCAGACGAAUACCUGAAAGAUGCUCAAACUCCAGAGCAGAUCAGAGACGCCUUCACUGAAGUCAUAGGAGACCUGCUGAUGACCCUGUCGGUCAUCAAAGUGGCCGGAUAUCACACAGACGCGGCCGUUCCGGUUUACCUGUACGAGUUUGUGUACAGCGCAGACUUGUACAAAGACAAAAGACCCAGCUUUGUGAAGGCGGAUCACGCAGAUGAUGUCUGCUUUGUCUUUGGUGGAUGUUUCUGGAAUGAACAAAUCACAAUCACAGGAAACGUCACUGGAGAGGAUGAACGAGUUUGUCGAACUAUGAUGUCAUACUGGGCCAAUUUUGCUCGCACUGGGUCACCGAACGGUCCAGGUCUGGUCAGCUGGCCUCAGUAUGACCGGGAGAAGCAGGAGUACAUGGAGCUGGGUCUGGCUCAAGCUGUGAAGCAGAAGCUAAAAGAAAACCGGGUUCAUUUUGCCGCCGUCACCCUCCCCCAGAAGCUUCAACAGCAGGCAGCAGCCGCCAAAGAGGAGCAGUGACCUCCGCGAGGAGUCUCCAUUAUUUAGCCCAACUGUCUGUCCAUGUAAAACACGUUUAGGUUUAAGCAACUUCAACAGUUCUUUGUUUCAUAUUGUUUUUAAUCGUCUUAAAUUCAAAGGAUUUUGUUACUGACCACAAUAAUUAAAUAAAAAUAAACACAAAUGUGUGUUGAAUAACA